UCAAAUAGGAUGUGAGAAUAAAUGGAAGGCGAAGUUUGAACACAUGUUAGUGUUCACACUUGUAUAACACUUGCACAAACUCAAAACUAGUUUAAUGCACAUACAACAGUGUUGUAAGUAGGGCUGUCAAUUAUCCCAUCAAUUAAAUGAGUAAUCGGAUAAGAAGUACUUUUGCUUUUGUGCUGUCACCAUAGUUUUUGUUCAGUAGUUCUCGGGGUAAGUUUCAUAGUGCCACCACUAGGGGGCAGUGGUCUCUUUAAGAGACACAGUGGUCGGCUACAGUCAGCCAUGUGAGAGAUCUGCGGGAGGCACAUUACUGAGAGAACAUGCUGUCUGUUUACACCAGGAAAUAACUGUCUACAUCCAAUGCUAUACGAAGCAUCGUUGUUUCACCCUUUUUCGAUUCAAUAAACCUGUGGAUAAAUUCAUGACCGUCUCCAGAGUUUUGAUGAGAAGAAGGCGUUUAACUUGAAGCCAAAAUAUAUUCAGCACAUAUAUUGAGGGCGACACAGUGAAACAACGUCUUCAACGCAGAAGAUAACACAGUAUACGCUGGAUACAGACAAUGACAAGCAAAGAAGGCACACUCUGUACUAAAUCCUCCGCAUCAUGUUCUUCAAAAAGAUCAAAGGCUUCUUCUACCGGGGCCGCUGCUACCAUGGCUCGGGCGAAAGCAGAGGCAGCCAAGGCCCGCUUGAGUUUCGCAAAGAAAGGAAUGGCCCUAAAAGUAGAAAAAGCACAUUUAGAAGCAACAAUGGAUAUGCUAUCAUUAGAGCAAGAAACUGCUGCAGCUGUGGCCGAAGCAGAAGUCUUAGAGGCAGCUGUGGACUGCAGCGACCGAAGCAGCGCAAAAUCUCGUCUAUAUGCAGCUCCCCUCGACCCUACAGAGCGGACCAAAGAAUAUGUUGCUGAACAGGCCAAAGAGCAAAAUAAAAUACAGUUUGCACCACCACCGCUUCAACCUUCUUCAGAUGAGGUCAGACAGUCACACACAGAGCCAGCCUCAGCACUCCCUAUCCAAACCCACUUCAAAGAAGAGCAUAGCCAAGUGGACAGUAACGCUUUCUCUACAACGCCAAACCAUAUGGUAACAGCUCAGCAGCCACAGCACACUCCAAAUGAGCAUCUCUACUCAACAAACAGGCAAGAUUUUCAUCGUUCAAGUGACCCAAGGUACACAAAACACAGUCCUCCCUUUUUGACCAUGCCUAGCCAUGCAUCUCUGUACCCCCACCACGACCAACCUAUCGUGACAGAUCUGGUCAGAUAUUUCGCUCGGCGCGAGCUCGUCACCACAGGCUUGACCCAAUUCAGUGACCAACCACAAAGCUACAGAGCCUGGAAACGGUCCUUUAAGAAUGCUCUUGGAGGCCUGGAUUUGACAGCAAGCGAAGAAACGGAUCUGUUAGUCAAGUGGCUGGGAAAAGAGUCGGCUGAGCAUGCUAAACGGAUCAGAGCCGUCCAUGUGAACCUUCCAGGUAGAGGACUCGCAGUGAUAUGGGAUAGAUUAGAUGCAUGUUAUGGAGCCCCGGAAGUGAUUGAGGAUGCACUUUUCCAACGCAUCGAAAGAUUUCCAAAAAUCUCGAAUAGAGAGUAUGCAAGACUCCACGAGUUAAGCGAUCUCCUUAUGGAACUAGAGGCAGCAAAGGCAGACGGAGACCUCCCAGGCCUCCAUUAUCUGGACACAGCACGAGGAAUUAAUCCUCUAGUCCAAAAGUUGCCCUUUAGCCUACAAGAGAAGUGGCUCUCCCUCGGAUCCAGCUACAAACUAAGGCACAAUAUCUCCUUCCCUCCCUUUGAAGUUUUUGUUGACUUCAUUAGAGAGCAAGCUACAAUAAGAAAUGAUCCAAGCUUUAGGUUUACCACACAAGCCGACGCUACUCCAAAAGCAGACAAGACUCCUUGGAGACCAACUAGACAGAAGGAAAUCUCAGUCCACAAAACUGAUGUACAUCACAAAGCUCAUCUUGCUACAGACAAAUAUGAGAUAAGAACUGACAAUUCUGAAAGACUGUGCCCCAUCCAUAAAAAGCCUCAUCUACUCCAGAAGUGCCGGGCUUUCCGUGAGAAACUGUUAGAGGAACGGAAAGCAUUCCUGAAGGAAAACAGGAUUUGCUAUAAAUGUUGUACAUCUACACAACACAUAGCCAAGUAUUGUGAGUCAAAAGCAACAUGCCAUGAGUGUGGUAGUGAGAAUCACAUCUCUGCUCUCCACCCUGGACCAGCACCGUGGACCAAAGAGCCAUGCCCCUCUGCAGAGCAUGGCGGGGAGCAAGACUCUCCCCCAGCUUCAGAAGUCACGACCCGCUGCACAGAAGUCUGUGGUCAAAAUCAGAGCGACAGAUCAUGCUCGAAGAUCUGUCUCGUCACGGUCUAUCCUGCUGGCCAUCGAGAUAGAGCUAUGAAGGUCUACGCUAUCAUCGAUGAGCACAGCAAUAAAUCCCUAGCUCGUUCUGAGUUCUUCGACACUUUCAAUGUUCAAGGUCCUACUUCUCCAUACUCUCUCCGGACCUGUUCUGGAGUAACAGAGAAAACAGGAAGAAGAGCUCUGGGUUAUCAAAUCGAAAGCAUGGACAGAAAAGUCAGUCUCCCUUUAUCAAGUCUCUUAGAAUGCAACGACAUCCCUGACAACAGAUCUGAGAUUCCAACACCCAGUGCUGCAUUCAAUCACCCUCACCUGAAAUCAGUGGCUCACCUCAUUCCAGAGCUUGACCCAAAUGCUCCUAUCAUGCUUCUCCUUGGCAGAGACAUCAUUUCAGUCCAGAAGGUGCGAAAACAGUUGAACGGCCCUCGUGAUGCUCCCUAUGCCCAAAAACUCGACCUGGGAUGGGUGAUAGUUGGCAACGUGUGCUUGGGAGGCGUUCACAAGCCCACCACAGUGAACACAUACUACACCAGAACACCCUGCCCAAACAUGUUCCACGUGAAAGAAAGAUACAGCCAUUUCCAAUAUCCUAAUCAUCAUUUGUGUUUUACAGAGAAACCUACCCACAAUGAAAGAGCUGAGCAGCUAGGGUCCACAGUGUUUCAGCAGACCAAGGAUGACAACAAAAUGGCUCCAUCCAUCGACGACAUCUCAUUCAUGCAAAUAAUGGAACAAGGAUUAAAGAAAGAGAGCAACAGCUGGAUAGCUCCGCUGCCGUUUAAGUCCCCAAGGCGUCGCCUGCCAGACAACAAGGCCCAGGCUCUGAAUCGGCUUUCAUCGCUGAGACAAAGUCUCGAGAGGAAACCAGUGAUGAAGGAGCACCUUUUCGCCUUUAUGAAAAAGGUUUUCCGGAACAAUCAUGCUGAAAUGGCGCCCGCACUCAAGGAAAAUGAGGAGCGAUGGUACUUGCCUUCAUUUGGCGUGUAUCAUCCUAGGAAACCUGGCAACAUUCGUGUAGUGUUCGACUCCAGCGCUCAGCACAGCGGAGUGUCACUUAACGACGUACUUUUAACCGGACCUGACCUCAACAAUACCCUUCUUGGGGUGCUCAUCAGAUUUCGCAUGGAAGCAGUGGCCAUAACAGCAGACAUCCAACAGAUGUACCAUUGUUUCCUAGUGAGAGAAGAGGACCGCAACUUUCUGAGAUUUUUGUGGUUUCGGGACAAUGACCCAAACAAAGACAUCAUCGAAUACCGCAUGAGGGUCCAUGUCUUUGGAAACUGUCCUUCUCCAGCAGUGGCAAUCUACUGUCUAAGGCAGUCUGUACGAGAUGCAGACCUCGAUGUCAAGCAGUUUGUAAACCACAACUUCUAUGUUGAUGAUGGCCUAAAGAGUCUCCCUACAGUCGAGGCCGCAGCAAACCUACUCAAAAGGACGCAGGAAGUUCUGUCAGACUCUAACUUAAGACUACACAAAAUUGCAUCAAACAAAAGAGAAGUGAUGGAAGCUUUUCCAUCUGAGGAUCAUGCCAAUGACUUCAAAAACCUAGACCUUGGCUCUGAUGCACUUCCUAUGCAGCGUAGCCUUGGUCUCAACUGGGACCUCAUGUCAGACACCUUCACCUUCAAAGCAGCCGAUGAGGACAAGCCCUUCACUCGUCGAGGCGUCUUGUCUACCGUGAACAGCAUCUACGACCCUCUGGGAUUCAUCGCCCCAGUCACUGUUCAAGGCAAGGCAAUUCUGCGAGAGCUUACACAAGACAGUGGUGACUGGGACUCACCUCUCCCUCAAGGAAUGGAAGAGAUGUGGGAUAUUUGGCGGUCCUCACUGAAAGAUUUAACCAGUCUCCAGAUCCCAAGGCCCUACACAGAAAUCUCCCCCACAGAGGUAUCACGCAGAGAGCUAAUUGUGUUUUGUGAUGCUUCCACAAAAGCAAUCGCGGCAGUGGCUUAUCUUAAACUGACAGAUACUAAUGGUAGCGUCCAUGUGGGCUUUGUCAUGGGCAAGGCCAAGCUCACUCCUCUUCCCGAACAUACAGUUCCAAGACUUGAACUUUGUGCUGCGGUGUUGGCAGUGGAACUUGCCGAGCUUAUCGCUUCAGAGAUCGACAUGAAGUUGGAUGAUACUACCUUUUACAGUGAUAGCAAGGUGGUAUUGGGCUACAUCAGUAAUGACACCAGACGUUUUUAUGUCUACGUCAGCAACCGAGUGCAGCGGAUAAGGAACUACUCUAAUCCGGAACAGUGGAAAUAUGUACCCACAGAUGUAAAUCCUGCAGAUAUUGCCACACGGUCUGUCACUGCUGCACGUCUGUCAGGCACAAGCUGGCUUCAGGGCCCAACGUUUCUGAAGCAUCCUCAGCAGGCCAAAUCUGAGGAAGGCACCUUUGAGUUGGUGAAUCCCUCUCUUGAUGCAGAUAUUCGCCCUCAGGUCUCUACAUUGAAGACAACCAUGUUGAGCAAACAACUGGGAGCUCAACGCUUUUCCAAGUUCUCCAGCUGGAACUCACUGAUCCACGCUAUUGCUCGCCUAACUCACAUUGCCCGUUCGUUCAGGAUGAAUCUGGCAAUCAAAGACAGUGGCUGUAAACGCUGGCAUCAUUGCCACACAGCAAUCUCAGUUCAGGAACUCUCACAGGCCAGGAAAACCAUCAUCCAUGCAGUUCAAGAAGAGGCAUAUGCUCAAGAGUAUGCCUGUGUAACAAAAGGGGAAAAGCUUCCUAAGGACAGUCCUCUGAAAACACUGGAUCCUUUUAUCGAUGUGGAUGGUCUUUUGAGAGUUGGAGGUCGCGUCAGAGAAGCAGAGCUCCAGCCAGGAGAGAAAAACCCUCUCAUCAUUCCUGGAAAGCAUCAUAUAGCAACACUUUUGUUGGCGGAAAAAGGAGAGUGA